AUGUCGAUUAGAACCGGCGGGGCGGGGAUCCCCUUCUCCUUCCUCUGGCCCCGCUGCAGGGUCCGCCGCCUCCCGGGGCUGCUUCCGAUUGUCGCUGCUGGGACGGCCCGUGGCUGCGCUGGCGUGAUGGAGGAUCGGCGUAUCGAGGAGCACCACGUUCACUACAACCACACGGAUCCCUGCAGCCAUCUCCGGUGGACGGCGAGGUACCCGUUCUGUUGGUCUUCUUCUCGCACUGGUCCUGGAUCUGCUACUCAAUGGCAACGUGGUGACGAUGUUUAUGCCCGCUGGUAGGGAGUGCUAUGAGUUCAUGUACGAGCGCCCAUGGCAGAGGGUUUCGAACUUUUUCGCCGACGUCGUUUGCGGAAAGUCGUCGCUGCGUAGCUUGUUCCCUGGUGUCCCCGUCGCCUCUGCCGCAGUGGUGUUAAAUAGCGAUGACGGAAUUUCUGGUGUUGGCGUUUCUGAGACCGCUGAUGGAAGCGUCGGUGAUACGGACACUGUGUCUGCAGAUUUUGCCUCUAGAAAGGAGAGAACGGGCAGGUGGGUGAGGUCGACGUUCAAGAUCGACCUCGGGUACCAUGGCGGUUCCUUCGAGGGGUGGCAGAAGCAGCCCGAUCUCAACACUGUCCAAGGGUGAUUAUUGGGGGAGAUAAUACUUUGAGAUUGAGGGAUCCCCUCUCCCACAUUCCCUAUUUAUCUUUUAUGAAACUUCGGUAAAAAUUUCUGCUAUUUCAGAGUGGUGGAGAUGGCUCUAGGAGAGUUUGUCGACGAGAAGAAGGCUCAGCAGCUGAAGGACAGGUCAUUGCCGGUGGAAGGCUGUGCUAGUGUUGCAGGGCGCACUGACAAGGGAGUGUCUGCUCUGCAUCAAGUCUGUUCAUUCUGUAAGUUGGAUGAAAACCUAGUAGUAAUUGUUGGUGUUACUGUUAUGGCUGUGGGUUCUAGCUAUUGGAGUAGAUUCGGUAGAAGGAAUUCCUUCUUCCCUUGUUUGAUGCUGGCUGCUGUGUACUUAGGUCAGACUGAGUUAUUUGAUUCUUGGCCUGAAGAAGAGGGCUGUAGAUGGUUUGCAUCAUCUUGAAAGUUCAUCAACGAGUUUAGAUAUAAAGGAUGAAGGAUUGAGCAUGCCUGCAUUGCUUUGCUUGCCAUUAUCAUCUGGGCUCCUAUUCUGUGGGAAAAAUCCUUGCAAUUUUGGAUUAUAUCCGUUUUUACUCUUUUUCUAUCAGCGUUCUUCCCGUAUUCUUUGACAUCACUCUCGAGGUCCUAUAUUCACUCUAUUUUAGUUUUUUUUAUAUAAUUAGAAACGGUGUUCAUCCGCUAAACGUUCUGCCGAAACAUGGCGAUGUGUAUUUGUUAUUUAGGCACAUUUCCAUUUCAGAAUUAUAUUUGAUUAAGAUCGGGCUUUCACAGUUGCCUAUCGUGACCCAUAGAUACUUGGAAUAAGUCAGUCAAAGCUUGCGAUAUCAAGGAUGCAAUCAAUCGUGCAGCUCCUGGAAAGCUAAGAGCUCUGUCUGUAGCUGAGGUUGGUUUCAUUUCGUUUAGCAAAUGCUUCAGUUAUUGAUUCCCUUUAGCAAUAGAAUUCAUGUGGCUCGUCUCGCUGACGCAAGAGGAAGAGGCAGCUAUCUAUGAUCGGUUUCACUGACCACAUUGAUAGAUAAAUAGAUGUAUGAGACAUGUACAUACAAGGAACAUAUAGGAGAAAGAAAUGUGCGAACUCACUCUCGUGUAUAGCUGUAGUCAAGGGGCAGAAUGGCUUUAGCUUAAAAUACUGUGGUGCCAUCAGCAUGCUGCAUGUCUAAUGGAGUAUUAUACUUGGUUAACGGUCAACUUAUUGACUUGUGUUCUCUCUCCUGUAUUGAUGCACAUAUUCUCCUGUAUUGGCAGGUGUCACGGGUUUUUCAUCCAAAUUUUUCUGCGAAAUGGAGGCGAUACUUCUACAUCUUCCCCCUAGAUGGUCGGUGCAAGCACCAACUUAACAACUGUGAAAGAAGUGAUUCUGCUUAUGCCGAUGAAAUGGCUGACAAUCGCACGAAACUGCUGACUGAGUUUGACCAUGGGAAUGACAGAUACUUGUCUGCGUCUCCCGAGGGUGAUCACGAAGCUCCCGUUGCCAAUGCAGUGAAGAAUGACAGCUUUAGUGUAAGCAGGGUGAACCAAAUUCUACUUCAGCUAGAAGGGAAAUCCUUGUCCUACAAGAUGUUUGCUCGUGAUACAAAAGCCUCCAGAAGCAUGUAAGUCAUGUGCUAUCCGAUAAAUAUGCAAAAAAUAAGCUAUUUGGGGAACUCAACUGUUCUGUGUGUAAUUGGUUUGAUUCUUUGCUAAAAAAAUGUACUUAACGAUAAUGGUGUACAUAAGUUUUCUGUAAAGGUUACUAUUGCGAUACAUAUGCGCCAUCCUUGGAUGCAUAGAGUAUCCGUUGUGUGUGACCACUCUCUUGUUCUCCAAUGAAUCUGCAUACUAAUUAGAGACCAGAGACAAAUUUAUGAUAAACUCCGUCAUUACUCAAUCGCACCUAUGAUUCUUAUGUAACAAAAACAUCCCUGGUUUUAAUAAUUUUAUUAAACGUAGUGGACUGUGGAUGACUAGAGCUAUCAAUUCUGUGAAGAUAUCUUAUGCUGCUGUGCAAAGUUGGAGAGGGAACUUGUUGGAAUCGGAUGUAUGAGCUCGAGCUAUGCUUCUGUCUCUUGUGUAUUAAAUCGGAUUAGAAUUAGCUAAUGCAGGAGCAUUGGGUUAGAAGUUUGUCCCCCAACCAUGGUGCUGUGUCCACAGGCAUCUAUUUCGAGGUACCCUCCAUGUCUGACUUAUAUCCAGGAUCAACGUUUUUGUCGAGUAUUAUUUUUCUUACUCGAAUGGGUUCUAGCUGGAAUAUUUUCUGAAAACAUAUCAGUUUGAGCUAAAUAUAGGUGUUCAUGCCUUGAAUUUUUUUUAUUGUAUUAAAUAUUAUUAGCCUUCAGCUCGUGAAUAGAAAUGUUGGACACCCAUUACCCACCCCACUAUUUUUCUAGCAAUCCUAGCUUAAUUUAAUAUAAUCUGUUUAUAUCGUAUUAUUUUAAAAACUAAACAAAUGCUCAGUUUGUACUGAAAACUCAUCUUUAAUCCUUUCUUAGUGGUCCGCCGACAGAGUGCUAUGUUUUCCAUGCUCGAGCUGCGGAGGCCAGGUUACCUUGCGACGACCAGGUGAGUCCUUUUCAUAUUCCAUUUAUGAAAUAUCUUGUCACAACCUUGACACUCUCGAUUUAGACAUCCUUCUAGUGGAAUAUAUGCUCUCUGAUUGUACAUCCCUGGGCUCCCUGCGUGGAUUUAAUGAUGAUUGAUUUCGUUAUCAGGAUGGGGAAGGACUGAGAGUGAUGUGCGUAGAACUAGUCGCCAAUCGCUUCCUACGCCGGGUAAUGAGGAUUAAUUGAAGAACGAUGACCUCCCUGAACUCCAUUACUCAAUUUAUUUUUUUUUCUUCUAGUUUCACUUCGUUCUUCUCCAAAGAAUCAGGUAGAGAGAAUGAAACUGCUCAAGACGAGGUCUGAUUUCUGGCCUUGCAGAUGGUUCGGGUGCUGGUCGCAACAUCCAUUAGAGAAGCGGCUGCUGGCAACGGCGACGAUGCUCUGUUGAAGCUGAUGGACGCUACCUGCAGGCGCGCAACUGCACCUCCGGCGCCACCCGAGGGGCUCUGUCUUGCCGACGUCGGCUACGAGGAGUUCAGCAGGGAGCGUUGUCUGAUAUCCUAA